AUGCUUGACAACAUUCCAUACACCAGUUUUUUAGUGUUCACCUCCUAUGCGGCGGCAUUCAGCCUCUACCCCACUGUGAACCCGGACAGUCUUGCCAAAUCCUUCGGCAUCAGCGUCGGUUGCUUGGAUGCCCUCAACGAAACGGUCGCAUGUGAUCAGACAUUGUUCCAAAUGUCAAACACAGUUGACAGCUAUCUUUGGACCACGGAGAAUGUCACAGGUCUUUGCACUGCAGAUUGCAUCCAGUCAUCCCGAAAAUGGUGGUUGGAUGUGCAAGAUAGAUGCGAUAUGGAUACCAUUACAGCGUAUGGCAAAUUGAUACCAGCGGAGUCUAUCGCGGGAAGAUUCUUCGACGGCUUAAACAUUGCAUGUCUAAGAUCCGGAACCAGUCCCACUGCCCCAGGAGUCUCCGGGAAUGGUAGCUCGAACUCCACCGGCUCAGCUCCCUACUCAAACUCUAGCGCAAGUCUCAGCGGCUCAGCUCCGUACUUGAAUUCGAGCUCAAAGUCCAAUCCAAACUCUAGCGCAUUAUCCUGGUGUCUCAUUGAGUCCCAGGGCUGGGUUGGCUCCGACAUCAUUCGUCCCGACUGCUCUACCGACCCCACAGACCCGUCAUGCUCAGAUCCCACUGAUGUUGCCCCACAGAACGAACGUAUUGCAAAUUUGUAUGGCAAUGAUAUGCUUUGCAGUGAUUGCUUCUUAAGGAUGUUCUACCAAAGGAUGUCGUCGCCGUAUCUGCCUGACUCCGACUACUCGGACUAUCUCGUGGCACAAUAUCAAGACAUUCUCGAUGUUUGUAGGAUUUCCAUGCCUGAGCUUAUGGUUCGCGCUCUUCCCUACUACGAGGACGCCCGGGGACUUUACGACGGUGUGCCCUUAUCCUCCGACAACUCUCUCAUGCCUCCAUUCACGUCAAAUGGCAGCCAAUUUUCGAAUGGUACAAAUAGCACCACCACGUGCUCAGGUCAAAGCAUUUGCGCAGCUGACCUGAAAGGUACAAACAUCCCAGCCAAUGGGACAUGGUGCAAUGCGCUGUCGGCCAAGUACAGUGUGGCCACUGGCGAUCUUCAAGCUGCCAUAGGAGAUCCAGGCUGCGUCUUCUUAGUUUCGUCAUACUGCGUGCCUGCAGCAUGUACACUCAUGAAAGUCCCUUUUGGUGCGAGUUGCGAUUCGAUUGCCAGCUCACUCUCGACAGCCGGGCUCAACACCAGCCCCGUUAGUACUGUACAGUUCAGAAAAUGGAAUCCAAACAUCAACGGCCUCUGUGACAACCUCAAUACAGGCGACUACGUUUGCACCAGCGCGCCUGGCGGUUCUUACGUUCCGCCUCCCUUCUCAAACACAAACUCAAACGCUAGCGCACUGCAACGUGGAGGAGGCGAUGGGAGUGACACAGGGGCGCCCAGUAACCCAACUGCUCCUUUCAGCAAUUCAACUCUUCCGACCAACACAGUUGUAUCGCCAUCAUCAGGCUCAUCCGGCAGCGGGUCCGCGGCACCUUCACCAACACAGAAAGGCAUCUCAGCCUCCUGCGCUAAGUACAGCCAGGCUAAGAAAGGCGAUUACUGCUCGACAUUUGCACAAGAGCACAACAUCGCCUCAGCUCAAUUAUACGCCCUAAACAGCGCCUUAGGAGACGCAGGCAAAAGUUGCGACACGGCCUUUUGGUCAGGCUAUUAUUACUGCGUGGGCUCUAGUGAUGCUUCCGCAGCCGGUGGCAACAAUACUACCUCCGUCACUACCGCUUUGUCCGCCAUCGAUGCCGCUCCCGUUACCACUACCACCACCAGUGACUCCGCUCCUACAGCAGCCACUGGCGGUGACCCAGCAACUCCCUCUCCUACGCAGUCGGGAAUCGCCUCGCCGUGCGCUAAAUACGCCCAAGCCCACGCUGGGGACACCUGCUCGUCGUUUGCUACGGCAAAUCAGAUCACGCCCGCGGAUCUCUACAGCCGGAACGGCGCACUGGGGGAAAACGGCGAGAACUGUGAGACGAAGUUUUGGGCAGGUUACUUUUAUUGCGUGGGAGGGACUGAUUAG